AUGUUGGCUCCAAACUUGCGCGGUUUAAAACUGCUUAGUCGAUCUGUUUUUAGACGAUUUGUGGUGGUUCCUGCAAGUGGAACUAGAACCAAGAGGCGGCGGCAAAACGUCAGAAGUGUGAGACAAAAUGUGUCGGUGGAAGACCUGAAGCUCAACAAGCCAUUGGAACUAACAGAUCCUCGAGAACUAGAGUUCAAACUGCGACAACUUCGCGAAUUUACGAAAAACCUACAGGCGCAAGUACGCAUGGCUGACGACCUGUCUCGAAAAGAGGCGGCAGAAAAAGUGCUGGCGACGUCCGAGAAGGAUGAGCUCGAUACUGAGGAUACCGCAGAACUAAUUCUUGGGCAAAGUCAAAUGACUGACACUUCAAAUUUGUCGUCAUUUCUGCUCAGCACAGCCGGCCAAGCCCAAAAACUCUUGCCGCAGAUGCUACUGCAGCGUAUAAAUGACGACGAGCUGGUGUUAAAGUCGCUUAUAAACCAUCGUUCUCGCAAUUGGAAUACAAUUGUCUCGAAACUCUAUGAUUGUCCCGGAAAGCUCAACGGUGUCAGUCACAAAGCUCUGAAAACGGGGCUUCUUUCGAGAGUUACCCAUCUGUCCUUAAAAAAUAUCCGAAAAUUGGAUUUGAUGUUGGUGGAAUAUGUCGAGAGUACUGGUACUCAACUCACCACCGCCAUGUACGAGUGCCUUUUCCAAAAUCUUUCCAAUCUUAAACCAGUAAAGGAAGCAGAAUCGACGGAGGUUUUUGCUUUCUUGGACUCACUUUUGCAAAGAUUUGACUCAGCUCGCACGUCGGCCCAGCAAGGAAACACUGAUCCCAACAGUCUCGUUCCGGAGCAGCGGCACAAGGCAGAAAUGAAUCAGUUCAUUUUAAACUGCUGCAUAAAAUUCGCUUCAAAGAUGAUGGAUGCUUCUAAGCUCAACAAUUACCUUACAAAGUUUAAUCAAGAGUACAGAAUUCUGCCCAACCGUGAAAACUAUACCGCUAUACUCCAAUUUUACAACAAAUUGGGACUGAACCGUCAAGCUUGGGAUGUAUUUGCGACUAUGAAGUUUCUGUCAGCAGAACAUAAGCCAGACGCAAAAGCGUACACUUCAAUGCUGCAACUCUGCGUCAAAGAGAAGAAUUAUGCUAAAGCUAUCGAUCUUUUCAAUGAAAUGUCCGAUUUAAAAAUCGAGAUAUCUGCUGAAGCAUUGAAUGCUGUUGCUAGAGUAUUGGCAGUAGCUAGUGGAGACCCAAUCUCUAGUGAGGGAAAAGCAGAGUCGCUGAGACUUUUGGGUUGGAAGUAUCUGCAUCAAAAUGAAGACUUGGUACAGAUGAGAGGUCGCAUUUUAGAGGACACUAUUAUGACAAUGAUGACACUCUGUGCUUAUGACGGAGACGUAGGUCUCGCUAGGGCACUGUACUUCAAGUAUGUCACCGCAAAAUUUGCCGAUAACUACGGCAAGUGGAGAGCUAAGUUUGGCGACACGAGUCCUAUCGACUACAAAGCUAUUUGGUCAAAAACACUCAAUCCAUACAUCUUCAACUAUUUGUUGCUAGCAUAUGCUAAAUUCUCACCAGAAAAGCUGCCGUUAGUAAUGGGCUUUGAUCAAGGAGCUAUCACCAGAAGAAAUCUGAUAAACAGCGUCGAUUAUCAGCAAGUAUCCAAUGAAUUUGCAUGUGAGGUCCCUAUAAAUAUUCCGAUGCUGCCUGUAGCUGAUUUCAGCAAUAGUUCCCAAGUAAUCUUAGAGUCUCGGGCUUUGUGGCAGUUCAACCUCGAGUUUGGCGGAGUUUGCAAUCUUAGAGAAGCCCCAAAAGAUGUUUCGAAAAAAUUGAUGGCCUCAUUGGAUUCCAGUAAUUCACUAGACGAAUUUGCUUUCACAACCUUCAACCAAAUUUCUGCAUGGAGGUCUAAGUUGGUCAACCAUCAUGUUUUGAAUGCCAAGACCCUGGUGUCAUUUCUGACAAUACCGAUAAAGAUGGGCGACAAGCGUGAGUUUUUACUAAGGUUCUCAGAGUUCUCCUUUGAACAGCAAGAACUAAACAAAUACAUUUCAGUUGUGUUCAAUGAGGCAAAAAUGAACUCAUUGCCCCAUACGUCGGAAUCUACUUUGCAAGAGAGCUCGGCACAGAAUCACCAUACCGAGGCUGCUCUUACAUACUUAUGCUCGAUGAAGCAUAAAUUAUUAAGAGACUCGGUUUUGUACGAGCUGGCCAUGCGGGCUGCCAUCAAAUUUCGUGACGUCGCAUUUGCCAGAGAUACAUGGGAGAGCCGCGGUGCUUUUAGAAAGCUCGGGGCUUUUCAAAAGUUGGAUGCAGCUGAAAGAGCCAGCAAAGAUUCAGUCUUCGCUUCGUUGAUGGUGGAUCUUUUCACCAAUCAAGAAAUGUAUACCGACUCCAUGGGAAUUAUAAUGUCAUCACAGAGACACAUCAACUGGAAAUAUCCAAUGGUAAAAAAACUGCAUCAUAAACUAAUAGAAUUGGAGGACGAGAACAGCAUUAAAAUACUACUGGGAAUAGUCAACAAGCGCUCGUCAUAA